AUGGGACAUGCGCUGACCACGGAGCCAGCUUUCCAGGCCUGGAUCAAGACUGAGCGCCCACUGCUACUUUUGGCAGGGCAGAACUGGCUUGGAGACAGCCAGACCGAGCUCAACUGGUCGUCUUAUGCCAUUCUCCUGAUCAUAGAAGGCUGUGAGCAGAAGCGGGCAGAGUUCCUGCUGAGCGGUCUGCCUGGUCCGACUCCAGUGGUGUCAGAUGUUGUCCGUCAUCUUGUAUACCAGCUGGCAGCUCAACACCCGGAAGCGCUAUGGCAUCUGCGUAACGACAUUGAAGAUGCCGUUCAGUCUCAGCUCUGGCAGCACGAUGAUGAUGACAUGGCCUUUGGACAGAUGUCAGCGCUGCUGGUACCAAUACUGACCGCGUUCGAUAUACAGACAGAGAUCACGAUUGUCAUUUACCGUCUGGACCGAUGUCGAUGGGCCAAUGAUCCCGCAGAUGAUCGAAACGAUCUGGAUAUUGCAGUGCUUUCGCUCUUGUCUGUCCUGCGCGACGGGAAGCUACGAUCAUACAAGAUCAAGAUGGCUGUCGUCAUGGAUGCAAUGCCGGCUAAGAGAUUGCUCGUGCGACCUAUGAUCCGCCAACAUGCAUCCGUCAAACAACAGAAGAUAGAUUGGGAUCAAGAGGUGGUCUAG